CCUACCCUCUUUUUCCUCUCCUCUGCGGCCAUUACUAAUAGGGUGCAGUUGGACUUUAGUGCCUCCAAGAAUUGACCAGCACCUGUUUGCUUGCCUCUCUCUAACCAGUCCUCUUCAACUUCUUCCUCUUCUUCUUCAAUCCCAGGAUCCCAGGAUCCCAGAGAUGAGUGAUCAAGUGAACAAACAUGAGGCUCAAGAAACACAUGCUCAAGAAACUCAACUGCAACAACACUCAGUUCCCCGUCUGAAUGAGAGGAUCCUCUCAUCCCUGUCAAGGAGAUCUGUUGCUGCACAUCCUUGGCAUGAUCUUGAGAUUGGACCAGGAGCACCCCAGAUUUUCAACUGUGUUGUUGAGAUAACAAAAGGAAGUAAGGUCAAAUAUGAACUUGACAAGAAGACAGGUCUGAUUAAGGUUGAUCGAGUUUUAUAUUCGUCAGUGGUCUACCCUCAUAACUAUGGUUUCAUCCCUCGCACAUUAUGUGAAGACAAUGACCCAAUGGAUGUCUUAAUCCUCAUGCAGGAGCCAGUCCUUCCUGGUUGUUUCCUGCGAGCUAGAGCCAUUGGAUUAAUGCCCAUGAUUGAUCAGGGAGAGAAAGAUGAUAAGAUCAUUGCAGUUUGCGCUGAUGAUCCUGAGUAUAGGCAUUACACUGACAUCAAAGAGCUGGCCCCUCAUCGCCUUGCUGAGAUCCGACGUUUCUUUGAAGAAUAUAAGAAAAAUGAGAACAAAGAGGUUGCAGUUAAUGAUUUCCUCCCGUCAACCAGUGCUGUUGAAGCCAUCCAGUACUCAAUGGACCUUUAUGCUGAAUACAUUAUGCAAACCCUGAGGCGCUAGGCACAUAAGCCAAAUAUUUCUUUUAUCCCAAUAUGCUGUUUUGUCAGCAAAACUUAUGAAAAAUUUUCACCCAUUACUUCUUGGAACUUUUGGGUAAUCAGUCAUGCUGGUUGGGUUCAAUAAUCCUGUGAGAGAUAAUGAUUGAUGGAAUUUAUUAGAAUUAUAAUCCAGGGAUUUUUUUUAAGUAUCUGUGUAUCACAUUAAUCCCUUUGUUCAAGGGUAAAAAAGUUCCUCAGGCUUCUAAAGCAAUUGGACUCAUCCAGUUCAAGUUGUACCAGUGUGCUUGAUUGAAAUCCUAAGACUUGAAUGUGUUAAAUUGAUUCAGUUAUGUUUCAUCCCAA